GCAACAAAACCGAUAAGCAGCCGCUGAGCUUUUGCGCACUUGCAUCCAGUUUGAGAAGAAGAAGAAGAAGACGCACUCAACUCUCAAUUUCUUCGUAACAAAGCAAAAGCUGGACGGAAACGAAACCACUGUUUUUCAUCGACAACGACAAACCGUUACGAAGGAGUUGAAUUUUUGUGAAUUUGCAAUAUGACGUCAUUUUUGAAGCCUGAGAAUGCUCUCAAAAGGGCAGAAGAGUUGAUCAAUGUCGGGCAGAAGCAGGAUGCUCUUCAGACUCUGCACGACCUGAUCACUUCGAAAAGAUAUCGCGCAUGGCAGAAAACACUGGAGAGAAUUAUGUUUAAGUAUGUCGAGCUUUGUGUUGACAUGAGGAAAGGCCGAUUUGCUAAGGAUGGCCUCAUUCAGUAUCGUAUAAUAUGUCAGCAAGUGAAUGUUAGCUCACUGGAGGAGGUGAUCAAGCACUUCAUGCAUCUGUCAACAGAGAAAGCUGAACAAGCACGUAGUCAGGCUCAGGCUUUGGAAGAAGCCCUUGAUGUGGAUGACCUGGAGGCUGAUAAAAGGCCAGAGGAUUUGAUGCUGAGCUAUGUUAGUGGCGAGAAAGGAAAGGAUAGAUCUGAUCGGGAGCUUGUUACGCCAUGGUUUAAAUUUCUAUGGGAAACUUACAGGACAGUGCUUGAAAUAUUGCGGAACAACUCCAAAUUGGAAGCCUUAUAUGCUAUGACAGCCCAUCGAGCUUUCCAGUUUUGUAAGCAGUAUAAGCGAACAACAGAAUUUCGCAGACUCUGUGAAAUUAUCAGAAAUCAUUUGGCUAAUCUUAACAAAUAUCGGGACCAACGAGACCGGCCUGACCUUUCUGCUCCUGAAAGCUUGCAAUUGUAUCUUGAUACAAGAUUUGAGCAGCUGAAAAUUGCCACUGAACUUGAACUCUGGCAGGAAGCCUUCAGAUCUGUUGAAGAUAUUCAUGGAUUAAUGUGCAUGGUCAAGAAAACACCUAAACCAUCCUUGAUGACUGUUUACUAUGUCAAGUUGACAGAAAUAUUUUGGAAAUCUUCAAGUCAUUUAUAUCAUGCUUAUGCAUGGUUUAAGCUCUUUUUGUUACAGAAAAGCUUCAACAAAAAUCUUGGUCAAAAGGAUUUGCAAUUAAUAGCUUCAUCUGUUGUUCUAGCUGCACUCUCGGUGCCUCCUCAUGAUCGCACUCAUGGUGCAUCUCAUUUAGAACUAGAGCAUGAAAAAGAGCGAAAUUUGAGGAUGGCUAAUCUCAUAGGCUUUAAUCUUGAAACUAAGCCUGAUAGCAGAGAAGUGCUCUCAAGGUCGUCACUUCUUGCUGAACUGGCUUCAAAGGGUGUAAUGUCUUGUGUAUCACAAGAAGUGAAAGACAUUUACUAUCUCUUGGAAAAUGAAUUUCUACCCUCAGAUCUUGCACUAAAAGUACUACCCUUGCUAAAUAAAAUUUCGAAAUUGGGGGGUAAGUUUACCUUCGCUUCAUCUGUUCCAGAGGUGCAAUUUUCGCAGUAUGUCCCAGCUCUUGAAAAGUUGGCUACCUUGAGGUUGCUACAACAGGUGUCUAAUGUUUACCAAUCAAUGAAGAUUGAGAACUUAGCUGGGAUGAUCCCUUUCUUUGAUUUUUCGGUUGUGGAAAAGAUUUCUGUAGACGCUGUUAAGCAGAAAUUUCUAUCAAUGAAAGUGGACCACAUGAAAAAUGUUGUAAUUUUCUGUAAGACGAGUCUUGAAGCUGAUGGCUUGAGGGAUCACUUGGCUAGUUUUGCUGAACAAUUGAAUAAGGCAAGGCAAAUGAUUUGUCCUCCUGAUAGGAAACAAUCAAAACUUGGAGCAUUGCUCCCAACUUUGUCAGAGGUUGUGGCCAAAGAACACAAGAGGCUCCUUGCUCGAAAAUCCAUUAUUGAGAAAAGGAAAGAGGAACAAGAACGGCAGCUUCUUGAAAAGGAACGCGAGGAGGAGUCAAAGAGGUUGAGACUGCUGAAAAUUGAUGAAGAAGCAGAGCAAAGGCGGCUUGCAACUGAGAUUGAGCAGAGGAAAAUUCAAAGACUCCAAAGGGAAAAGGAGGAAAGAGACAGAGAAGAAGCCGAGGCUUUACGUCUGGAAGCUGAAAAGCGUUUGAAGAGAAAGGGCAAAAAGCCUGUGAUAGAAGGGGGCCAAAUUUCUAGGGAAUCCUUGAUGCAGUUGACGUUGGUCGAACAAGUCCGGGAGAGACAGGAAAUGGAGAAGAAGCUUCAGAAAUUGGCCAAAACCAUGGAUCAUUUGGAAAGAGCAAAGAGAGAAGAGGCUGCUCCGCUAAUUGAUGCUGCAUAUCAACAGCGAUUAGUGGAAGAGAGGGUUCUUCAUGAGCGUGAGCAACAACUAGAAGUUGAACUAAGCAGACAGCGCCAUGCUGGAGAUCUCAAUGAGAAGGAGAGGCUUAGUCGAAUGAUGGGCAAUAAAGAGAUAUAUCAAGAGAGAGUUGUGAGUCACCGCCAAGCGGAAUUCAAUAGGUUGCAGAGAGACAGGCUGGACAGGAUCUCUAAGAUUUUACUCUCCAGGAAACAGGAGAGGGAAAAAAUGAGAAAAUUGAAGUAUUAUCUUAAGGUGGAAGAAGAGAAAAGACAGAAAUUGCGUGAGGAGGAAGAAGCUCGGGAGCGUGAAGAGGCUGAGAGAAAAAAGAAGGAACAGGCUGAACGCCAAGCUAAAUUGGAUGAGAUAGCUGAAAAGCAAAAACAAAGACUUAGAGAAAUUGAAGAAAAGGCUGAGAGGGAGAAGAGGGAAGCAUUGUUGGGCAGACCUGCUGAACCAGCUCUGAGGCCUUAUGAGCCUCCUGUCCGUCCAGUUGAUCCUGGUACUGCUGCUCCAGCUGCAGCUGCAGCAGCCCCAGCUCCAGGGAAGUAUGUUCCCAAGUUCCGGCGAGGAGGAGGUGAAACAGCAGGAGCUCCUCCUCCAGAAGCAGAUCGUUGGGGUAACAGUGGCAGCCGGCCGGAUGGUGACAGGUGGGAUCGUAAUUCUUCCUCAUUUGGUUCUGGUGGGGGUUCAAGGUCAUCUUCAACUUGGUCAUCUUCCAGGAUGCGUGAUCGUACUUGAUCGUUUUUGUGCUGUGAUUUACUGCCCAUUUUGCCCUUUGGGGGUCUUGCCUGAUCUUGUGCUGGUUGCUCUGAUUUUUGCACGAGUUCUUCGUACUCUUCCCUGUUUGAGUUUUAGAAUUCUUUUUUUGAUGCUGAGUUCUCAUUUAUUUAUCUUUCAAUGCUUAUGAACUCCUUGGUUCUGUUGAAGAACAUGCCAACAAAAUGUUCUAUUUAUGAUCCAGUGGGAUUGGAUACGGUAAUUAAAAUUUCAUGUCAGACGAGUAUUUCGGACUUGUUAUUUUUCUAUUUAUUGCAAACCUAUUUUCAGUUUUGUUUUAUCGAAAAUAAAAAGAUUGGUAGCCUUCUCGGA